AUGAAUCAAACAGUUGGUUCCAUUUUCAUUUCACACACACACACACUUUCUUAUCGUACGUCUUCUAAGUCUAUAAACUUCAAUGGAAGCGAUGAGAAAUUUGAGAAAGCCAAUGAUCCAAAUGUGAAACCAAGUGAACGAUUGGAUGCUCAGUUUGAAGCGAAUAAAGCAGCAGCAAAAGCUGCUGAACAUCAUAUUAAAGCUGAAGAACAUAAAGCUAAACACGCACAGAGUUAA